AUGAACACAACUCUCAUCAGGGUAUUAGGGCAUUUUUUUUGUCUUUGCAAUUUUCUCUCUGACCUUCUCACCUUUGCUCUUUGCCCAGGGUUGCAUUUGUUCUUGCUUGCUGUGAGGGAUGUUGUUUUAGGGUUAGCACGCAGGAUGAAAGUAAAAGGAAGAGGCAAACCCUGCUUGCUGGAGUUUCUCUUCAGUUUCUGCCUGGCUACUCUUCCCAGGAGUAGUGCCUGCCCCAGGCUCUGUGCCUGCUACGUCCCCACUGAAGUACACUGUACAUUCCGGUACCUCACAGCCAUCCCACUGCACAUCCCCCAAAACGUGGAGCGCAUCAAUUUAGGUUACAACAGCUUGGUUAAACUGACCGAAACAGAUUUUUCUGGCCUGGAGAAACUGGAGUUGUUGAUGUUGCACAGCAAUGAGAUCCAUACAAUCCCUGACAAGACAUUCACUGAUUUAAAUGCAUUACAGGUCUUAAAAAUGAGCUAUAAUAAAGUCAGAAUACUUCAGAGGGACAUUUUUCAUGGUCUCAAGAGCUUGGUACGGUUGCAUAUGGACCACAAUCAAGUUGAAUUUAUACACCCGGAAGUUUUCUAUGGGCUUACAUCACUGAGGCUGGUGCACUUGGAAGGAAAUUUACUUAAACAGCUUCAUCCAGACACCUUUGUCACCUUGCGCUACAUCCAGAUAUUUAAAACAUCCUCCAUAAAGCAUAUAUACUUGUCUGACAACUUCUUAACUUCAUUACCACAAGAGAUGUUUUCCUACAUGCCUGAACUAGAGAGCAUAUACCUUCAUGGAAACCCUUGGUCCUGUGAUUGUGAUCUACAAUGGUUUGUAGAUUGGGCAGAACAAUGGCCAGAUAUUAUAAAGUGCAAGAAAGACAGAGGUUCUUCUAGUGCCCAGAAAUGUCCAGUUUGUGCCAAUCCCAGAAAUUCUAAAGGCAAACAUUUAGUUAACAUCCCAUCUGCAUCUUUAACUUGUAGGAAGCCAACAAUAGACCCCUCCCUGAAAUUUAAAAACAUCACUAUGCCAGAUGAAGGAGACUUCAUUUCCAUCUCUCCCAAAGAGUUUAUAGCUCCCAUUGGAACCAUAAUGUUGAAUAUGACAGACCAAACAGGAAAUCAAGCUAACUUGGUUUGCAAUGUUCAAAAACCUACAAAAAUUUCCCCACUCUCAUUUGACAAAGAUGGUGAUAAUACAGUACUCAAAGUAUCAUUUUCAACAUUUCUGGUGUGUAGUAUUGAUUAUGAACACAUUCAACAGCUGUGGAGCAUAUUGGCCCUGUACAGUGAUUCUCCACUGAAACUCGAAAGGAAUCUCUUACUGACCAAAGUGCCUUACAUCAGUUACAAGUACAAACAGACGUAUUCUGAAAGUGAAGAAGUUUUUACCAAUAUAGAGAGUGAACUGACAGCUGAACCUUCUUGGCUGCUCCAACGCCAGGUGGCAUUACAAUUAGACAGAACAGCAACCACACUCAGCACGCUGCAUAUUCAAUAUAUAACUGAUGCUCAAAUUAUCUUGCCCAAUGCUGGUGAAAAACAGUUGACACACAGCUGGGCCAUAAUUUCAAGAGAUAAUACAACAAGAGCAGAACACUCCGUUUUAGUGGGUGGGACUGUAGAACUGGACUGCCAGGCAUUUGGAGAGCCUACUCCUACCAUUGAAUGGAUACUCGCCGAUGGGAGCAAAGUUAGAGCACCAUAUGUUAGUGAAGAUGGAAGAAUCGUAAUAGCUAAAAGUGGAAAAUUCACACUACGGACAGCUGAUAGUUUUGACACUGGAGUUUAUCACUGCAUAGGCACAAAUUAUAAUGAUGCAGAUGUCCUAACAUUUAGGAUCACAGUGAUUGAUACUUAUGUGGAACACAACAACAUUAAUGGGGCUCAGCUUUCGGCAUUCAUUGGUGACACACUCUACCUUCCAUGUCAGUCUGUUGGUGUCCCAGAUGCAUCUAUUAGUUGGAUCCUACCUGAGCACACAGUUCUUCAUCAGUCUGUAAGAAGCAAACAUAUUUUCCACAAUGGUACACUCAAAAUACAAGAGAUGACAGAACAAGAUAAUGGCUAUUUUAGAUGUGUAGCAGCUAAUGAAUAUGGUAUAGAUUUUUUGAUUUUCCAAGUGCUGGUUAAAGUGAAUGAGGGCACUUCACAAAAACAAAAGAAAGCUCCAGAAGAAAACGAAGAGAGAGAUGGAUCUGGUCACGAGGAGCUUAGAGCUGUUACAAAACAUAAGUAUCCAUUAGCUACUGUGCAAACUUCAGUAACAAGUAAAGCAUCCACUGACUCUGCACCUAGAAAUCAACUCACAGGGAUUGCAAAUAAACGGAAUAACAAUAGAGAGAUGACUUACAGACGCAAUGGGGACAAAAUAAACAGACGAUUUAGGGGACACAGAAGACAAUUUACUUCCUCAGCUAGGAGAGUUGACCCACAGCACUGGGCAGCAUUUUUGGAAAAAACAAAGAAGAAUUCCACUUUGCCAGAAAAACAAGAAAAUGCCACAACAAAAUCACCAGACCAUCUAUCCUCUAAGGUAUCUGGGGAUAAGGAAGAAACAUCUGGUGACCAUAUACCUCCAGAAGAGGAAUUUAUUAUACUAGCACCUGAAGCACCUACUAUACCUACUCUGAAAAAAGUUUCAGCAAGUAUUGUAACUGGAGAACCUGAAACUACAUCAAGUAAUAACAAGUCUAAAACAACUUCUGUCAUGGUUACAGAGGCAGUCGCUCCAACAGUUAAUCCAUGGAUUACACAGUCUAUAGGACCCCAGAGCAAAAAGCCAAAUGCAGCUCAAAAAUCUGCAGUCACAAGACCAAACUCGCUGAAGACUUCUGAAUUAAAUCAAACAUCAUUAACCAUUAUACAGCCAUUAACAGCAUCUAGUUUGGUGAAUAGUACAGCUAAAGACUUUAAUGCUGAACAAAGAUUAGUGUCUUUUGGGGGAAGUAAUGAGUAUUUAAAAAUCAUAUCUACAACACAAACAGCAGAUGUUAUUGAAAUCACCAGCCUUGUCACUUCCCAGAACACAGUUGAAAAACCUGAUUUAUUUACUGAGUCUAUUGAUAAGACUUCAACUAAAUCAGAUCAUCGAAUAUCUGUAGUGACUGUCAGCGAGCCAAACAAUGAAUUUGGUCACAUUUAUUUUCACAGUGCUCAAAAAAUAACUCCUAAACUACCACCAGGGUCAACUAUUAUUUCUCAUCAGCAGAUUCAGAUAAUUAGAGAUGUUACAACUAAUACACCACAGUCAAGACAACGAUAUGGAAGACGAAGGAAAAUUUCUGGUAGAAGACGAAUUGUUAGACCAGAUCGAAUUCCAGCUAUCAGGGGACAUAGAUAUAAUUUUGUGAGACAAGAAUCCAGUAGAGAAAGUACAACUCUGCCUCCAGCUAUGGAGCAGGACACAAAAUGUCUAUCGUGUUCACAUCCCGCAACUCCUCCCAGAAGUUCUCUUGAACUGCUUAGCCCAGAAACACAUACGCCCCCACCUUUGAAAGAGGAUAUACCAGAACUCACAUCAGAGCAGCUUACAAGUCAAACCACAACAUUCCUGGCUGAAAAGAAAAACAGACCCACUGCAGAAGGAGAAAAAACAGCUCCCACUGUAAUGCCUUUCUAUAGUGAAAGCAGACAGGGUACCCUGCAAAGAAAACUAGAGGCCAGUGCACGAUUGCAAACAUAUGCUCUCAGACUCCCUACAACUGCAAGACAGACUGCUAGUGUAUCUGUGGAAACUACAACUUCUGCAGACAGCAAGACAUUCUCACAUGUUAAAUCCAUCCUCCCAACCACUAAAACUAGAACUUCUUCCAAAGUUUUAAGAGGAAAGAUUCCUUGGCAACAUCUCUUUGGAAAGGUACACAUUCAAAAGGAGCUAUUGAAGAAGCUAUCCAGACAACGUACAAGAACAGUGCCAUCAUCUACAAUAACCUCCAUGCUUCCUAAAACUACUGCAACACUAUCCAUAGACAGAGUUUCUCCUUUUCAUUUAACAACUAUUUCAGUGGAAGUGAAUCAAACUGAUGAUCUCUUAUCCCUAACUAAACCUAUCAGUCAUGAUAAUAGUAUGUCAGAGAAACAGUCUCCCAUUCCAUCUCUUACUACUGCAGAACUGCUACCUUCAGCCUAUUUUUCUAAUCUUCCAAAUGCUAUCAACAAAGAAAUGAAUGCAACAAGACCAAUGCCAACAUUUAGAUCUACUACUGUUCCCCACACUGAAGCUAAAAUCACUAAAAUCAAAGCAUUCAGAGCUGGAAGGAGGAGAGAUCAAAGGAGGAAAAAGCUCCAGAAGAUCAUGACUUCACAAAGCAUUACUACAAGCCAUAGCUCCACCACUGCUUCAUCAGUGAACACAGCUUUGUAUAUCCUGACAACAGCUAGGGCUUUAACUAAGCCCACCAUCCCCCUACCCACUGAAUUUCUUUAUAAGAACACAAGUGUAAUCCCAAUUACAACUGUGCCUCAGCCACAGAUUCUUAACACAAAAGAUGUAACUAAAGGUUCACCUGUAACAACUACACAAACAUUAAUGAGAAUUACAACAGCUGAGAACACUCAACCUGUUAAACUACCAUCUGAUGUUCUCUUUACUGAAAAACCUGCCACAUCAUCUUCUUUGAAGUCCUCCAACACCACCACAAUAUUACCCGCCACAUCCAUAACAUCUGAAUCAGCACAUAUUCAACCAAACAAAACUAUUGCAAUGGUAAGUAAAAGACCACACCAAAAAAUGGGACAGAGAGUUAUUCAGCAGAAACAUACAGCAAAGGCAACAUUUCCUGACAAAGGUGAGCUCAGUACCAAAUCUCCUGCUGUAACUACCCAUGUGAUCAACCCCAGCAUACAGCAUCCUACCCCAUUAGCAUCCCAAAUAACAGAGACACCACACACAAGUAUCUUGCAAAUCACCUUAUCUCCCCGGUGGGAAAACAAGUUUUGGCAUAAACAGUCUCCUGAAAUUUCGGAAAUAGGCAAAACACUAACAGUUAAUACUCUGAGUAUAUUAAAAUCCUCAGAGAGCUCCACUCCACAUACUCCUGCACGGAAAAGGAACAAGGACAAUUCUGUCAAAAGCUGGUCUGACAAGACAACAGAUCAAAAAACCAACAACCACCUCGUAGCCCUAGACUCCUUAUAUAAAAAUAGAUUGGCAAAGCCUAGAAUAGUCGGAGGAAAACUGGCUGCUUUUACCGUUUUGGCUAAUUCAGAUGCCUUCAUCCCUUGUGAAGCGACUGGUAAUCCCCUUCCCACAAUUCACUGGACUAAAGUGUCAUCAGGGUCUGAUGUAUCAAAAAGCAAGCGUGACAACAAGUUUGAAGUAUUUGCUAAUGGCACCCUCUCUAUCCAGAAUGUGAACAUUCAGGACCGUGGACAGUACCUGUGUAUUGCUGCCAACCAGCAUGGCUCAGAUCAGCUCCUCGUCACUUUGUCUGUGGUGGCAUAUCCACCGAGGAUCCUAGAGGGCAGGUCAAAAGUGAUCACUGUCCAUUCUGGAAAGCCUGUGUCUGUGAAGUGUAGAGCUGAAGGUAGGCCCAUCCCUACCAUUUCAUGGAUUCUAGCAAACAAAACGUAUGUCUCAGAAUCUUUUCCAGGAAGCAAGCAAGCGUCUGUGCAACCGGAUGGCACUUUAAUAAUCAAGGAAGUCACUGUUUAUGACAGAGGGCUUUAUACAUGUAUGGCUAGUAAUCCAGCUGGUGCUGAUACGCUGACAGUAAAACUACAGGUGAUUGUGGCACCUCCCGUUAUUUUGGAAGAGAAGAGACAACACAUUGCAGGAAUUAUGGGUGAAAGUUUGAAACUCCCCUGCACUGCAAAAGGAAACCCUCAUCCGAGUGUUCACUGGGUCCUCUUUGAUGGAACAGUAGUGAAGCCUCUGCAUUUUGUAAAUGCCAAACUGUUCCUGUUCUCCAAUGGAACCCUCUACAUAAGAAACAUAGCUCCUUCUGACAGCGGGAAUUAUGAAUGCAUAGCUACAAGCUCCACUGGGUCAGAGAGGAGGGUGGUAAAUCUCACGGUGGAGCAGAGAGAUACAAUUCCCAGAAUAGCAACUGCAUCUCUGAAAAUGACUCAGCUGAAUUUUGGGGACAGCUUGCUUCUAAACUGUUCAGCUACUGGGGAGCCAAAGCCCAGAAUAAUCUGGAGGUUACCUUCUAAGGCAGUUGUUGACCAAUGGCACAGAAUGGGAAGUCGAAUCCAUGUUUAUCCUAAUGGAUCCUUGUUUAUCGAGGCAGUCACAGAAAAGGAUGCAGGUGACUAUUUAUGUGUAGCAAGAAACAGAAUUGGAGAUGACUUGAUACUGAUGAAAGUCAGUGUGACUAUGAAACCAGCAAAGAUUGACCAAAAACAGUAUUUUAAAAAACAGGUGCCGUAUGGGAAGGACUUCAGAGUGGACUGUAAAGCCUCUGGGUCACCUGAGCCAGAGAUCUCCUGGAGUUUGCCAGAUGGCACGAUGAUUAAUAAUGUGAUGCAAGCAGACGACAGUGGGCGCAGGUCUCGGAGAUACAUUCUUUUUGACAAUGGAACUCUGUAUUUCAACAAGGUUGGAAUAUCUGAAGAGGGAGACUAUACCUGUUAUGCCCAAAAUACACUAGGAAAAGAUGAAAUGAAGGUACACAUUACAGUUGUAACAGCUUCACCUCGUAUAAAGCAGAAUUACAGGACAUAUGCUAAAGUAAAAGCUGGGGAUAAUGCAGUAUUUGACUGCGAGGCUGUUGGAGAACCCAAGCCAAAAAUAUUUUGGUUGCUACCUUCCAGUGAUAUGAUCUCAGCUUCAACAGACAGAUAUUUACUGCAUGUUAAUGGCUCACUGUCAGUCAGCAAAGUGAAACUGUUGGAUGCUGGGGAAUAUGUAUGUGUUGCCCGUAACCCUGGUGGAGAUGACACAAAACUUUAUAAACUGGAUGUUGUUUCUAAACCACCCCUGAUAAAUGGUUUAUAUACAAACAAAACAGUCAUUAAAGCAACAGCAAUAAGGCACUCCAAGAAGCAAAUAGAUUGUAUGUCAGAAGGGACACCUUCCCUUCAAAUUAUGUGGAUAAUGCCUGACAAUAUUUUCUUAACAGCUCCGUACUAUGGGAGCAGAAUAACAGUACACAAAAAUGGGACACUUGAAAUUAGGAAUGUAAGGCCUUCAGAUACAGCAGAUUUUAUAUGCGUGGUACGUAAUGAUGGAGGAGAAAGCAUAUUGGUAGUACAGUUGGAGGUAUUAGAAAUGCUAAGACGACCAAUGUUUAGAAAUCCAUUAAAUGAAAAAAUAAUAGCAAAACCAGGAAAAAACAUCAUAUUAAAUUGUUCAGUAGAUGGAAACCCUCCUCCUGAAAUCAUCUGGAUAUUACCCAAUGGCACACGAUUUUCCAGUGGAGUCAGAAUUUCCCGGUAUCAUAUAGGCAGUAAUGGUACUCUCAUCAUAUAUAAUCCUUUCAGAGAUGAUGCAGGAAAGUAUCGCUGUGCAGCUAGAAAUAAAGUGGGCUACAUUGAAAAGCUGAUCAUCUUGGAAGUUGGUCAGAAGCCCACUAUUCUUACUCGUUCAAGAGGACCAAUAAAGAGCAUCAGUGGGGAAUCAUUAUCCCUUCACUGUCUUGCUGAUGGAAGCCCCAAACCAAACAUUAUAUGGACAGUACCAAGUGGCUAUAUGCUAGAUCGGCCUCAGAUCAGUGGGAAAUACAUAUUACUUGAAAAUGGUACUUUAGUUAUUCGAGAAGCAACCAUUCAUGACAGAGGAAACUAUCUGUGUAAGGCUCAGAACAAUGCUGGAGAGUCAUCUAUAACUGUUCCUGUAAUGACUGUAGCCUACCCCCCACGGAUUACAAACAGACCACCACAGAGUGUACGCACUAUGGCUGGGGCAGCAGUUCAGCUCAACUGUAUGGCACUGGGGAUACCAAAACCAGAAAUCACAUGGGAGCUACCAGACCACUCUGUGCUUUCUCCAGCUAGUAAAGGCAGACCAUCUGGAAGUGAACUUCUUCACCCCCAAGGGACAUUAAUCAUUCAGAAUCCAAAAUCUUCAGAUUCUGGCAUGUACAAGUGCACAGCUAAGAAUCAAUUUGGCAGCGAUUUCACAAUAACAUAUAUUCAAGUUGUUUGAAAUGAGAAAUACAGGCUGAGUAAUUAACAACAAAGUCUCCAUCUGGACUGAGUUUAAUUGUGGAAGUUUAAUCAAAGGCAGCCAUGAAGCAUGUAGGUGACUCCAAAUACAUUUACAAUAAUCAAUGUACAAUGAACAUGCAAAAGAGAAAGACUUGGGAAAAAAAUUUGCAUUAUGAACUAGUAUGGAUUUACUCAAUGACAAAUAGACUUUAAUUAAAAACAUAAGGCACUUUUAUUUUGCCAAUCGUGAUCAUCAAAAUAAAAUUGCUUUCCAGAAAUGUAUCUGAAAAAUCUUCAGUAAAGGAUGGCCUUUUUUUAUAUUAGUUUCUUAUUGUCCAUCUUGUAUCACUAUAAGAAGCAUGGCACAUGUAAUGAAAAAAUAUUUAAGAACAAAAAAGAGGAAAUUUUAUUGCGAUUUAAAUUGCCUUACUGAUAUGUAUGAAUAUUUUGUAGUUCUUUUAUAAAUAUUUCACAGAAAACAAGUGUUUAGCUAUUUUUAAUAUGACAUUCUAUUCUUUCACAAUGGAGAACUUUUUCCAGGGCAGUAGAAUACAAAAUGAUUUAAUAAUGCUCUCUAAAUGGACAAUAGGGUUUCUAUUCAUCUUUGUUUAAAAAUUCAAAAGCAACAAAACCUACUUAUUAAAAGAGAGUAGCUUAGUAUAAUGUCCCUGUCACCACAAUCUCACCUUCUAAAGAUUUCAAAUUAAAUAAGUGCAUCAAUUUAUAUAGGAAUUUAGAAUGAAGGGGCUCAAUCAAAUAGAAAAUAGUAUUCCCAAGCAUCUGCCUCUUGCAGUUCAGGAGAAAGCCCCUUUUCAAUAGGAAAUGGCCACUUAGGCAUUCUGCACCAGAGAAGAUUUUUGGACUCCCUGGGCCAAAUAAACCUCAAAAGCUUAAGUCACUAACUGACUUGGUCUUUCUAAGAGAGGUGUUAAUGUAGACUCAGGGCACAGUUCCAACACCAGUGCAGAACCUGAGUAUUUGCUGGGACUAAACUCAGAUCUGGGACAUAUGCAUGGAGCAGAAGCCCCCCAGUGUUACUCCUUGAGGUCCUUUCCUCACCAGCAAUAUGGCAGGCUGGUUUUGCUGCCACUUGUUUCCAUGACCAUAACCUGAGCUCUAUGACCCCUUCCAACAGGGAUCAUAGACUGUAGAGUAGAAAUUAAUGCCUCUUUAGCAGUAACCACAGAAAACCUGUUGGAUACAGGAAAUGAUGUAGAGAAGCUGCUACCAUGUAACACCAUCCUAGUAUCUUAGAUCAGUAAAAUGUCACACAAUAUUUAAAACUAUUAUUGAAAAAACAGGUAUAGCUCGAUUACACACAAAAAGCCCCAUAGCAGAAACCCCUGUACAACUAACAAACAAAGCAACACCCCCCAACCCAUCUGUUGAAUUACCUCAUAGGUCAUGCAGGCUCUUGACACUCAGAACAUGGUCAGGAUGUUCCUGAGAUCUGAGUGCAGAUUCUACCCCAUUUGACUAAAUUUUAGUCAGCUGGGGAAGAACUUCAAAGAGAGGCCGCAGCGUGACUGACUGUUUUGUGGUGGAUCAAUCACUUUCUGAGAUCAGCCACAUAUAUGAUAGCUGCUUGUUCCUUCCUUCCUUAGUACUGAUAGAGA